UCAAGUCUCUUAUUAAUUAAAGACCUUCUGAUCUCUCUCUUCUCUAUCAAAUUCAAUACAAUGUCGAAAAUCAUCAGAGUACUCUUCAUGGUGGUCGUUUCCAUGGCCAUAACCAUCGUCCUCAUCACUAUCGCCUCUAUUGGUGACAACCACGAAACCUCACUUCCCAAAUCACUGGUCGUGAAACCGUUUCCGAAGAGGGUAAGUCGUUUCCUAGCGGAAAACAAAAACCCUAGAGCUGCUGCAGACCACUGCAAGAAAGAUGACGAGAUUUGCUACAUCUUAGAAGGCAAAAACUCGACUUGCUGCAACAACAAGUGUAUGGAUUUGAGCGACGAUAAACACAACUGUGGAGCAUGCAAGAACAAGUGCAAGUUUACCAGCUCGUGUUGUGGAGGAGAGUGCGUGAAUUUGGCUUAUGACAAGCGGCAUUGUGGGUCGUGUGGUAACAAGUGCAUGCCUGGUGGUUAUUGCAUAUAUGGACUCUGCAAUUACGCCUAACAAACACAUUAUAUUAUUUCAUUUUGAUCGUUAUAUAUUUUCAUGCUGUCAUCAUUUAUGUAUUCACAUAUUCUUGUGUGAAAAUGCUUAUUGGAGCAUCCAACUGAAGAGAUAAGUUUAUAUAUGUAUUCACAGAUUCUUCUUAGAACUGCUUGUUGUGUGAUUUUAUUGAAAACAUUAAUAGAUCAACUUGCUGUUGAGUUGUGGAGUCUUAUAUAUUGCUUCUAGACUUUUAGCGUGAUUCUGAUUUCGUG